AUUUCCCAGAAUGCACCUGCGCCGCACGCUUCCUCGCAGCAGCGGUGAUGAUGCUGAUGGAGUGUUUUCGCUCGCGGUGCUGGAGAUGUGAUGGGUCUUCUGGAGUUCGUCUCUGAUAGUCAUGUUUCCCGGGGUCCUUUACGCGCUGCUGGCGGGUUUUCUCGGCGCGGUCGCGUCCUCCUCCGCCAAACUGUCCCUCGGUACCGACUACCUGAAGGGCGUGUGUGAGACCGGCCUGCGGACCUGGGGCGAGCAGAGGAGAUUCACACAGCAAAGCGACACGAGCGCGUGCGACUGGCUGCACAUCCCUCUCAGACUGCUGUGUGGAGGUCUGCUGUUCACCUGUAAUGCUGUGAUGUGGACGUUCCUUGCCAAAGCUCUCCGCAGCUCGUGCUCCUCCACCCGCACCACUGUGACCACCACCGCCUCCAACUUCAUCUCCUCUGCGUUUCUGGGGCAGCUAAUAUUCGGGGAGACACACGUGGCUCUGUGGUGGGUGGGCAUCUCUCUCACUCUCUCCGGUCUGCUGGUGCUUCAUCACACAUCGCCCAACCUCACCCAAUCACACGACAGAAAGAGAGAAUAACACUGCUCCUGCGUUAGAUGAGUUCAGUGUGGUUUAUGAACAUAUCAGCAAACACUCAUAUCACCACACAAACUGUGUGUGGGUCCUGCUUCUCUCAGACACACAAACCUCCUACAGUCUUACCAAGAUUUUACUUUCACUGCACAAAUGUUGCUCAAAUUUUUUGAGGUUAAACGUUAAACGGAGAGAUUGAAAUGUUCUCGCAGCCGUAAAUCUACUAUCAUGCCAAAGAUCAAUUUAAAUAUAAAAAAGUACAUUUUAUUUAUGUUUGUUGUUAUUUAUUUUUAAAUUAAUCUACAUCAUUGUUAAUGUGGCAGGUGAAUCUCAGAACACGUCUGGGUCAUAUUUCACAUCAAAAUCAGUACAAAAAAUGUUUUUAAUAAAGAAGGUGAAGUUAGUUUUAGGACAAAUAAAAAGGGAAUAGAUUACAAAAAUAAAAAUUAUGCAGGAAAAGUAACAUCUGUGCAGCAUUUUCACUU